AUGAAAUUCUCAACAUUGAAAACAACGUAUCAAUAUCUUCCAAUCUUAUAAGAACGUUAGAGAAGAAGUUUUUGUUAGAAAAAUUACGAAUGUAAUGAUUGAUUAAUAUAUAUAAGUACCAUUCCUAGCUCCAAAUAGAAGAGAUCUAAGAAUGUUAUAUGAACAUCAGAUAUGA